GCGGUGCCCAUGGUGCCACCUCUGGCCCCGCUCCCGGCCUGGGAACCAAGCGGCCCCGGCCCCAGAUGGAGCAGACCCGAGCCUGUGCGCUUCAAGGAUGUGGCCGUGUACUUUUCCCCCGAGGAGUGGGCGUGUCUGCGGCCGGGGCAGAGGGCCCUGUACCGGGACGUCAUGCGGGAGACCUUCGGCCACCUGGGCUCUCUUGGAUUCCAAGACACCAAGCCAGCGCUCAUCGCCUGGGUGGAGAAAGAGGCCGAACUGUGGGGUCCGGAUGCCCAGGAUCCGGAUGCCCAGGAUUUGGAAGCAGGAAGAUGUCUGAUAGCUGCAGGUAUGAAUUCCAGAAACAAAGAAAAAGGACAAGGGGAAGAAGCAGAGGCCCUGGAAAAGAUCCUUUUUAUGGCUGCUAGGCCUCCUGGGCUGAAGGCUCUCAAACCUUCUCCUGCAGAGCCCCUUUAUAGUUUGGAACAACCACACAGGGCACCUGGCCGGGGCCGCCCCCCACUUUGUGCGCAUCCCCCAGUGCCCCGAGCAGACCAGCGUCAUGGCUGCUAUGUGUGUGGGAAGAGUUUUGCCUGGCGCUCCACCCUGGUGGAGCAUCUCUAUACUCACACAGGCCAGAAGCCCUUCUCUUGCGCCGACUGUGGCAAGGGCUUCAGCCAGGCUUCCUCCUUGAGUAAGCAUCGGGCCAUCCACCGUGGGGAGCGGCCCCACUGCUGCCCCAACUGUGGUCGGGCCUUUACUCAGCGCUCUGCCCUCACCACCCACCUCCGGGUCCAUACAGGAGAGAAGCCUUACCGGUGCCCUGACUGUAGCCGCUGCUUCAGCCAGAGCUCUGCCCUCUACCAACACCAACGGGUCCACAGUGGUGAGACCCCCUUCCCUUGCCCAGACUGUGACCGUGCCUUUGCACACGCCUCAGACCUUCGGCGCCACGUGCGCACCCACACGGGCGAGAAGCCUUACCUGUGUCCGGACUGUGGGCGCUGCUUCCGGCAGAGCUCGGGAAUGGCAGCCCACCGGCGUACCCACAGUGGCGAGCGCCCGUACCCCUGUCCCCAGUGUGGCAGGUGCUUCAGCCAGAAGUCGGCCAUGGCCAAGCAUCAGUGGGUCCAUCGACCUGCUGCUGGCCAGCACAAGGACAACUUGGGUAUCAGAGAGUUGCCUUUGCCCCUGGUUUCUGGCCAAGGGGACUUGGACCCACCUGUAGGCUUCCAACACUACCCAGAGAUAUUCCAGGAGUGUGGGUGA